AUGAUUCUGUUUGACCAAGCAACUUACGACAAACUUCUCUCUGAGGCUCCUAAGUUCAAAUUAAUCACUCCUUCUAUUCUCUCUGACCGUUUGCGGACUGCCACUCAAAUAAAGGAGGCUAUAUAUGAUCUUCCGGUUUCGACAGAAGAGGAUGACGCGGAAGAAGCAGCUGCAUACUCUGGAGAUUGCUGCACGCCGUUACAAAGUCCCAUGGUUCCAAACUGUUAUAGACAUAUUAGUGAACCAUGCCUUCGAGAACGUGACAAGGUUCACGUCAUACCAGAGACAAGCAGAUGA